AUGCCACCUCCCCCAAAGAACAAAUUAGCCUUUCUAACUCAACAGGCACCAGCUUCUUAUGUUGCUGGCCUGGGUCGAGGUGCAUCUGGUUUCACCACUCGCUCAGAUAUCGGACCAGCGAGGGAGGGACCCAGUGCGGAAGUGGUUGCCGAAGCUCAGGCUCGAAGGGGCGAAGACAUAGACCCGGAUCCCGAUACGUUCCAAGACCCUGACAACGAAGUUGGGCUUUUCGCGGGCACUGUCUAUGAGGCUGACGAUGAGGAAGCCGAUCGAAUAUAUGAGCAUGUGGAUUCCCGUAUGGAUGAGAGGCGCAAGGCUCGAAGGGAAGCGCGGGAGGCCGAAGAGCGUGCACGUCUUCUCUCCGAGCGCCCAAAGCUUCAGACACAAUUUGCUGACUUGAAGCGAGGGUUGGCUGCCGUAACGGAUACAGAAUGGGAAAAUUUGCCGGAACCGGGGAAUCUGACGGGGAAAAAGCGAAAAAGGGAUCCGAGAGAGGGUCGUGCUUUUGCUGUACCUGACGCCAUCCUUGUGGGGGAUCGCGAACGGGGCGAGAUUGUAAAUGAUCUUGAUCCUCGUCAGCAACAACUUGGAGGCUUUGAGACGCCUGUCGAAAACAGUGGGACUCUUUCUAACCUUGUUGCAAUUGGCCAAGCCCGCGAUAACCUCCUUUCACUCAAGCUCGAUCAGAUAUCCGGUUCUGUGAACGGAACCUCCACUUCGAUAGACCCGAAAGGUUAUCUCACCGACCUGAACAGUGUCCACAUUAAAUCUGAAGCUGAGAUAGGAGACAUAAAGCGGGCGCGCAUGCUUUUCGAUUCAUUGGUCAAAUCUAACCCAAAGCAUGCACCAGGAUGGAUUGCUGCUGCCUGUGUCGAAGAACACGCGGGGCGCAUGGUCCAAGCUCGAAACAUCAUCAAAAAGGGAUGUGAAAUUUGCCCAACUAAUGAAGACAUCUGGUUGGAGGCAGCUCGUUUGCAUAAUACCGAUGAUGCCAAAGUCAUUCUUGCGAGUGCUGUUCUGCACGUUCCGCAGAGCGUGAAGGUAUGGCUUACUGCAGCAAAUCUCGAGACAGAAUCUAAGGCGAAAAAACGUGUACUGCGAAAAGCAUUGGAGCAGAUCCCGAAUUCUGUCACCCUUUGGAAGCAAACGAUUUCGCUGGAAACAUCACCAUCUGACGCUAGAAUCCUCUUGGCUCGUGCUGUUGAAGUACUCCCUCAUUCAGUUGAAUUGUGGCUCGCUUUGGCCCGCCUCGAAUCGCCCCUUCAAGCGCAGAAAGUCCUCAAUAAGGCACGUAAAGCGGUCCCUACAAGUCAUGAAAUCUGGAUUGCUGCUGGCAGACUCGUUGAACAGAAUGCCAUGACUGAUCCUGCAGAGGGAGAGCUACCUAAGAGUGCCGAGACUCGUGAGAGGGAGCUCGACUUUGUUGACGUCACCAUCGAAAGGGGAACCAAGAGUCUCAGGGAGCAUGGAGUGGUAUUGAGUCGCGAUCAGUGGCUCAGCGAGGCAGAGAAGUGUGAAACAGAAGGUUCGCUGCGCACCGCCCAGGCCAUCGUGAAUGCGACCAUUAGCAUGGACGUAGAAGAGGAGGAUAGGGUGAGCACUUGGGUAACGGACCUGGAAGGCUCUCUAGCUCGCGGAAAGGUUGUUACUGCGCGAGCGAUACUAGCAUAUGCUCUGAGAGUGUUCCCAGACAAGCGUGAUCUAUGGAGGCGUGCUGCAGACCUCGAAAAAUCACAUGGAACUCGCGAGAGCCUCGAAGCAAUCCUUUCCCAAGCAGUCAAGUACUGCCCUCAGUCGGAAGCCUUGUGGUUGAUGUCCGCCAAGGAAAAGUGGAUGGCUGGCGAUAUAGAAGGCGCUCGCUCAGUGCUCGAGGCUGCAUUCGACGCAAACCCAGAGAACGAACAAAUUUGGCUUGCUGCGUUCAAGUUCGAAGCUCAGAACGGGAAAUGGGCGGUUGCUCGACAGUUAUUGGAACGUGCUAGGUCCGUUGCGAACACAGAAAGAAUUUGGAUGAAAUCGGUUGUCUUUGAGUGGCAGCAAGGGAAUCUCCAAGCUGCAGUACAAACGGUGGAAGCUGCACUGACUAAAUUCCCCAAGUUCGCAAAACUCCACAUGAUUAAAGGCCAGGUUCUUACCGAUCUCGAAGAUAUCGCUGGGGCUCGUGCUUCUUAUGCUAAUGGCGUCAAAGUAUGUCCUAAGGUUCCGGCUCUCUGGAUACUCGCUAGUCGUCUUGAAGAAGCAGAUGGGCGUGCGAUUAAAAGCCGGGCUCUUUUAGAGAAAGCACGGCUUCUCAAUCCAAAGGAAGAAACUUUGUGGUCUGAAGCCGUCGGCCUAGAAGAACGCGCUAGUGGGACCCAGCAAGCGAAAAAUCAGCUCGUUCCAGGCUUACAAGAAUGUCCUAGUUCGGGUUUGCUGUGGUCUCAGUCGAUUUGGUUGGAAGCUCGACAAGCCCGAAAGAGCCGGUCAGUCGAUGCACUAAAGAAGUCAUCGGAUCAUCCGUUGGUCAUUUGUGCUGUGGCCAGACUAUUCUGGGCGGAGGGCAAAGUGGAGAAAGCCCGAGGUUGGUUCAGGAGGGUAAUCACAGCGAACACUGAUAUUGGAGAUUGUUGGGCAUGGUGGUACAAGUUCGAGUUGGAACACGGUACAAAUGAGCAACGGGCUCACGUCGUGGAUUCUUGCAACAAUGCCGAACCGCGGCAUGGCAUAGUCUGGCCAAGGAUCCGGAAGGCGAUGGAGAACUUAAAUAAGACAAACUCCGAGAUCUUGGAGCUCGUUGCCACGGCGUUGGAGUAG